AUGGUAGAUGCGAAACGGUGUGGGCCGUAUAUCACGUCAGGGCGAUGUAUUCUGCAUGUCUUAUCAUGUGAACAUGGUAUACGCGACAUUGCGGUACAAAGCGUGUAUCGCGUUUUCGGUGGCACAAAGUCUGUCGUUUGGAGCAACCGGUUUCGUGCUAGAUUUUACCAAUGCGGACCGUUGCUGGUCUUUGUGCCAACGAAGUGA